UUUCCGAGUCUUCACCUUACCACUUUAGAGCAUUUACUCGCUCAUCAUUCAGCCCUCUCUCUGUCCCUCUCUCGCAGCAACAUGCAGCUGGACACCAUUGCUGCGGCGGUCUGUGCAGCCACUGUGCUGCUCAUCACCAAUGGAUUCCUCUCCAUGGCCAGUGCGGAGGACGAGAUCAGAGGGCUGCCGGGGCAGCCGCCGGUCAGCUUCGCGCAGUACUCCGGCUACGUGGCGGUGGACGCCGCUAGGAAGAGGUCGCUCUUCUACUACUUCGCCGAGGCCGAGCUGGAUCCGGCCACCAAGCCCCUCGUCCUCUGGCUCAAUGGAGGACCUGGGUGUUCAUCUGUGGGAGUUGGAGCAUUCUCAGAGAAUGGACCAUUCAGGCCCAGCGGCAAUGCUCUUGUGAGGAAUGAGUAUAGUUGGAACAAAGAGGCCAACAUGCUGUAUUUGGAGAGCCCUGCAGGGGUGGGUUUCUCCUAUUCCACCGAUCCAUCCUUCUAUGGGGGUGUUGGUGACAGCAUGACAGCCAGGGACAAUUUGAAGUUCUUGCAAGGCUGGUUUGCCAAGUUCCCACGGUACAAGGGCAGGGACUUGUACAUCACAGGAGAAAGCUAUGCUGGCCACUAUGUCCCGCAAUUAGCGCAGCGCAUAGUCGAAUUCAACAAGAAGGAGAAGCUGUUCAAUCUGAAAGGCAUUGCCUUGGGAAAUCCGGUUCUUGAAUUCUCGACCGAUUUCAACUCAAGAGCCGAGUUCUUCUGGUCGCACGGGCUCAUAUCAGAUUCAACUUACAAUAUCUUCUCAAGGGUUUGCAACUACUCACGGUAUGUGAGCGAGUAUUACCACGGCUCGAUCAGCCCGGUUUGUGACAGGGUGAUGAGCCAAGUGACUAGAGAGACCAGCAGAUUCGUCGACAAGUACGACGUCACCCUCGAUGUUUGCAUUUCUUCAGUCUUGGCGCAGUCCAAGACCCUGACCCCACAGUCUACUCAGCAACUAAGCAGGGAGCUUGAUGUGUGCGUCGAGGAUGAGACGAUGAACUACCUCAACCGAAAAGACGUGCAACAAGCGAUGCACGCUCGCCUCAACGGCGUGCCCAAGUGGACGGUUUGCAGCAGUGUUCUUGAGUACAAGCAACUGGACCUCCAGAUCCCCACCAUCAACACCGUCGGCAUGCUUGUCAAGUCCGGCAUCCCGGUGCUGGUUUACAGUGGUGAUCAGGACUCGGUGAUCCCCCUGACGGGCAGUAGGACGCUGGUGCACCGCCUCGCCAAGAGGCUCCGGCUCAACGCCACGGUGCCCUACCGGGUCUGGUUCGAAGGGAAGCAGGUUGGCGGGUGGACGCAGGUGUUCGGCGACGCGCUGUCCUUCGCGACCAUCCGGGGAGCGUCGCACGAGGCGCCCUUCUCACAGCCGGAGAGGUCCCUCGUGCUCUUCAGGGCCUUCCUCGCCGGCCGGCCGCUGCCGGAGUCCUUCGAGUGACCAGGAUUAUUAAUCUGGGUGGUGCUGCUGCUACUGCGGGAAGAGGAUGUUCGUGUUCAUGUAUGAUGUACAAUCGUCUCGAGGCUGCAAAUGCAAUCUGGGUUUUUCGCAAGUGUAAACCAUAUGUGCUUACGAAGAGAAGAUGUUAUUUGCGGUGCGCGGAGAUGCACUGGAAAACACACUUUCGCACAGGUGAGCGACGUCCGUGUGUUUUCUCCGGUGCAGAGUACUAGAUGAAAUUGUAUAAGCACAUCUAUUCAUUUCGCUAAGUUUUCAUACUCCGGUGCAGAGUAUGAAAACUUAGUGGUGCGGAUUGGUAUUAUCAUUACUAGAUGUUCUUUAUGAUUGAUGUGAACAAAGAAGAAAUCCAAUCAAA